UGGGGCCAAAUCUUUAUUUAAUUCGGAAAUGUUUAUUAUGCGCUCACACUAAUUUUAAAAUUCUAAUUUUUAUCCUCAAUUCCAAAUUCAUUUUAUGUACUCGUCUCUCUCGCUUCUCUCUUCCUCUCUUGAACCCUCAUUAAACUCAGAGAGAUGGAAUGAUCUUCAUCUAGGGAGAAGGCUGGAUUUCGUAUUUCAUUGAGAUCUAGGAUUUAUUUUCAUUGGAGCAAUUGAAUCUCACUGGGAACUAGGUUUGGGUAUAUUCAAAGGAGAAGGUUAGGGUUCAAAUCUCGAGUUAGGUUUAAUAUCUUCGUUCGAAUUAAUUGUCAGAUAUGGAUAAAGCUGAGGGUUCUAAAAGGAGAGGGGGUGCACAUAUAUUCACAACUAUUGAUGGCCUUCCUAAGAGAUUUAUCGACUUGAGUAUCAAAGAGGUUGAGAAGAAAGGGUAUUCUGGAGCGUCCCUUAAACAGGUCUCUUGGAAACGAAUUAUAGAAGCUUUGAACACUGAAUUCAAGGGAACUUUACCAUAUGAUUUAGAUCAGAAAGCUUUAAAAAACCAUGUGAGUGUUAUAAUGGCAACUCUUAGAAAUUUGAAGAUCAAGACAGGUACAUGUAAGCGUGUUCUUAAAGAACUUUACUCGUAUGAAAAAGAAGUGGAGAGAGAAGCUAGUAAAACUGCUGACAUGAAGGAGAAAGGAGCUGAUCCUUAUGAUCUUAAACAGCAGGAGAACGUUUUGGCUGAAUCCAGAAUGAUGAUUCCAGAUUGCCACAAGCGUUUGGAGACCUCACUAGCUGACAUCAAAGAAACUCUGGCACAGUUGGAAAAAUCAAAUCAACAGGAUGGCCCGGAAUUGGAUGAAGCCCGAAAAAUCAUUGAUGAGGUUGAAAUUUUGUUUAAGACAUCAGAAGCUUAACUGUUAGCAUCCCACCUCGAAAUCACUGUCUUUUUAGACACCUUCCUUCGCUUCCGGUGUUACACUCUAAUCUGUGAAUUUUGGUUUCUAUAUUGGCAUAUCCAGUGUAACAUUGUUGUUUGUGAUUUUUGGAUUCCGUAUUGGCAUAAACUGUGUAAUGAACUGAUUAUCCAGCUUCGUCCUUUGGAUGUUGGAGUUGAAUCUUCUGUGUGUUUUAUUCAUUGCCUAUGAAUGAAUUAAAAUGGUGAAAACUAGAAACAGUUAUUCUGAUGUUAAGUUAUCCUCUUUUUGUUUUAUUAA